AUGUGCCAUCUGCAAGAUCCACCGUUUAACAUGGAAGCUCCCACGAAGAAAACCAGAAAAACCAAAAAUAGGACGGGAGAAGAAGUGGUUCAAUCCGUUCUAAAAACUCCAGAACCUCCAAUGACCGAGAAUACUGAACCUCUUACAAAAGAAUGGACAGCACCUCACUACACUACAGAUGAUAAAAUUCGGUUGCAGAAAUACCUCGACCCAGAACCUCAAAUGAUUGUCAAUAAACAACUUCCUUCCUAUGAGGAAUUGCAGCAAGCCUGUCGAGAUCUGUUCAAUGGUCCAAGUUCAAUGGAAACGCAACCAGACCUAGCUCCCGUGCAAAUCAUGGAAGAGGGUCAACAAGUGGAAUGGUGGCCUAUAGAAGGGGAAUUCGAUGUACCUAAUUUAGGAGAACUGACUUUGCAAGAAUAUCUGAUGGAUGCAAGCAAACCUUUGCAUACCAACUUUGUACUGACUGAACAAGGACUUGCCAUUUGUUAUACAUGCCCCGUGUACUUUGGCAAUGCAGACAGCAAGCAGACAGUGUUGAAUACCAUUUGUAACAGCAUUCAUCCCAAAAUCCAACAAGAAUGGGGAACCUUUGCAUGUCAUUGUGGAUUAGUGCCUAGACUCAAGCUGAGUCAAACACUAAGAAAUCCAAACAAAGUGUUCCCAUGCUGUCCUAAGGAGAGAGAAGCCAGGUGUAAUUACUUUCAGUGGAUUCACCAAGCACCUAAACCUGUGAAGGUCCCUAAAGCUUGUACACGCUCAGCUCUCAAGAAACGAAUGCAUGACAUGGUACAAGAAAGAUUACAGAAACGACCAAAAGUAGAAGAAGGAGGAUUUAAAUUUCCCUAAAAACACUUUGUUCUUGAUUGUUGUAAAAAAGUUUGUUGUUGUUUAAAAUUAAACAAUGUGAUCUCAGUCAAGCGUGUGUUUAUUUGUCUAACCCCCUUUGGGAUUCUUGCCCGAUCUUGCCCAAUACCCUAGGGACCUUAGGAGUCUUAUAAAAUUGGGGCAAUCUCUGGUCAAAUCACAAUGUCAGUCACCAUGACUUGUGAAAUGAGUAUAGAAGAAGAUCUUGCAAUGAUGAACGUCGAUUUUGGAGGUCCUGACGGUCCUUUAAACACUCAAUUUUUGCUCCCUUGUUUUGACGAAAAGAAACUCUGCCCAAGAUUUUAUGGAAAGAAUGCAGACAAACUGAAAGUAUAUGAUGCCUUAAAGAAAGACAUGCAUGCAGAAGUAAAAAGCCAAUGGGGAGAAUUGAAAUGUCAUUGCUCACGAAUUCCUAUCCUUCGCCUUAGUAAGACAUCCAGAAACCUGAAAAAAGUCUUCUUAACCUGUGGAACACCCGCUUCAGCUGAGACUCGCUGCAAAUAUUUUCAGUGGAUUCACACAUCCCUGUUUAUCGAUAAGAGACCCCUCCAUAAUCUCAAGUAUGCGACAAACCUGAGCAGAGCAGAAUGGAUGCGACAAGCGGAAGCGAAUGUUGAAACGUGGAAACAACGCAAUGGAUGGUACAACAAAAAAGAUGUCCAAACUCAAACUUCAUGUUUGAACCAGUUUGCUGAAUCAGCCAAAAAAUUUGCUGAAUCAGCCAAAAAACAAGAAGAACAAAGAAAAGUGCAAACAAAGUGUCCUUGGAAGAGCACUCCUCUGCCAAGCACCUUUCAGUCGAGUCCAUAGGUUUAAUUCUCGUGUGAAAGGAUGGCAUCAUCUUCCUCCAGCUGAUGCAAAUGUAGCCGAGUAUUUAGAAAAACAAAAAAGCCAAGGUCAUUCUCUGUCACCUGCGGAUGAAAAGUUCUUAAAUGCCUGCAUAGCAAGCAAAUAUGAUGAGUGGAAACCUCCUCCCGGGGCUGAAAAGUAUGAAAAGAACGAAGCAGCCAUCGCCAAAGCAGUGUAUGAGGACUGGUCUUUUGGUUAUUUGCCUGAAAAAGUGUGCAGUUUGGCUCCCUAUUGUCGCAACAGAAAGCAGAAGGGAUUGCCUUUAACACCCGUGGAGGAACGUUUUUUUGCUCAAUUGGUGAAUGUAUAUGCACCAGAAGAAACAGACAAGCAAAAACAAGAAAAAGAAGAGAUUUUUUCGAGAAUGUGAUGCAAACAAUGCAGAGAGAAGAAAAUGUGGAUUGCCUCCUUAUUCCUAUGAAACAUUUAGAACAUUUGGAACUGGAAUCUUUUGAGUGACUCUUUAAAGUUUGCAUCGCAUGGAAACAAGCAAUUACUAGUUCUGUCAAUUUUUAAAUAAAAGUGUUGAAAAGAAAUGUUAUGUGGUUGUUUUCUGGUUAGAGUUAGACCCUAGCGCCUUGGGAUUAGGGUUAGAGUUAGGGUUAGGGUUAAACCCUAGCCCCUUGCGAUUAGGGUUAGGGUUAAAAUGUUAAUUAGGUUAGGGUUAAACCCUAGCCCUUGAGAAUUAAACAUGUUCAAACAGGGGGAAUGAAAUGUGUUCUAAAAAUAGAAUAUAAAGACGUAUAAAAAUCGAUCAUUUGUUUUGAAAAGUAUUAAUUCAGUCAUGGGAAACCUUCAGUAUAGAAGUACGGUGUGGAUUUGUCGUCGUUUGUUAAACGACCUAUGCUCUGAAGACACUUGUCCUCCUAUCCCAAUGUUUCAAUGGAUGAUAAAUCAUAUCCAUACAACCUGGGGACAAUAUGCAGUGUACAUCACUUGGCUGCAUCGACACCAUCCAUCCGAAGGAAUCAAGGUGUUUGACUAUUUAAAGAAACAUCAUGCCAACAACACGUAUUCAUUUUGGUAUUUAGCAAGUCGCCCUUUAGUGUACUAUGUCAACGAAAUUAUCCGCUUCGUAUGUCGAUCCUACCGAGCCUGGAUCACUGGGAGGUGUUGCCAAAUUUGCCAAAGCACACAAGAUUCCCGUGUCCAAAGCCAAGAAGGAACUGCAAGAAGUACUGAGUUACACUCUGCACAAACCAAGCCAUCGGCGGUUUAAAACAUUACCCACCCUGGUGUUUAACAUCAACGAACAAUUUGUGAUGGACUUGGUAGUCAUGCAAAAACUAGCCAAAUACAACAAAGGGUACAAAUAUUUACUGACGGUGAUUGAUGUGCUCUCAAAAUUUGCCUGGGUAGAGCCGUUAAAGAGUAAAAGCGCAACAGCGAUGGUAGAAGCCUUACAAAGACUAUGGGCAAGAUUAGGAGAUCGUUUACCUCAAAAAGUACAGACGGAUUCAGGCGGUGAAUUUUAUAAUGUUAACGUGCAAUCCUUUUUUAAAAAACAGGGUGUGAAUCAUUUUUCUACGCAUGGAGAUCCUCACGGUUCCGUAGUGGAACGUUGGAAUCGAACUUUGAAAACGAACAUGUUUCGCUAUUUUACUGCGCAUAAUACGCUCAAGUAUAUUGAUGUGUUGCCUGCUUUAGUGAAAGCAUAUAAUCAUUCCUAUCAUCGUAGUAUUCAAGAAAAACCUGUCAAUGUCAACGAGUCCAACGAAACCGAAAUUUGGUAUCGUUUAUACGAUACGAAAAAAGACAACAAAGUGAAAAAACCGUAAUGUCAAGUAGGUGAUAAAGUAAGACUCAAUAAAAAAUUUCGUCCUUUUAAAAAAGGGUAUUUGCCUGGGUGGACCGAAGAAGUGUUUUUAGUGAAACAAAUCUAUACGACAAAACCAGUGGUAACGUAUAAACUCACGGAAUGGGACGGGUCUCCUAUAAAAGGAACAUUUUACGAACCCGAUCUGCAGAAAGUCAAUGUCGCAGACGAUUCAUUACUUCGUAUUGAUCAAGUGUUAAAGCGCAAAGGAAAACAAGUCUUUGUGUCUUGGAAGGGUUGGCCGAAAAAAUAUAACUCUUGGGUGUGGAAAAAAGAUUUGCAAGUGUUAUGAAGAGUUUUCGAUUAACCUUGAUAAGUGACCCCACGGAUGAACAUCCCCAAAACCAAAAUAAUAAUUUUAAAGUGCGUUUACCGGUGCGACUCAAUUUAGAAGGCAAUACCUGGCAAGCCAGUUUGUGGAGUGUCUCGGUCCCUGAUGUAGGACAUAGUUCUGCGGUCAUUCACAGUAAUAGUGACACCAAGAUACUCAACUAUCGCUACACCUUGACCAAGCGUCAUGCUGUGGCCAGAGAUUGGUUUAUUAACUUUGAGCCCAAAGACAAAACUGUGACUUUCAAAGAUGUCAUGCGUAGUUCGUAUCCUGUCUAUUCAGGUCAUCAAUUAUGGCAGAAUAUUAUGACCCAUAUGGAACAAACCAUCAUGGAAGAUGUAAAGUCAACCUUCGACACUUGGAAAACAAUCAAAGGUAAUACAGGCACUGUUUCCCUGAAAUCUACUUGGAAACCCACCUUUGAAUGGAACGAAAACACCCUCGUGUUGAAAAAAGUAUCCCGUGAAGAUGCGUUUGCUCGUGACAGACAGCUAAAAAUUCACCCCCUUUCCUCUGUAGGGAUACAUUCAAUACAUUGUUCAAAGACAAAAACAACCAAUACCAAUUAGGACCCAAUUUAGACUUUGUCUUACCCACAACCACUUAUACGACAUCCACUCCACCCGUCAAAAGCAAUGAUAAGUACCAAUGGCUAGGAGAGCAUUUUGUGAGCAUUAGUCCAUCAGACUUAUUAGGAGGAAACUCGUUAUUCAAAGUCAAACAAGAGAAUGGUCAAUCGUAUCUGUAUCUCACGCGUACUGUGGAUUGGCAUUUUCAAAAUCUGAAUGUCCUGUUUAAUACGCAUGUGGGAACCGUAAAACAAACAGUCAUGAUUUAUUGCGAUGCUGUAGAAUCCACCAUUGUAGGAUCACAACGACAUUUGCUGUUAAGAAAAGUGGAAUUAGAAAGAAAAGGAGAAGGGAGAGCGACCAUAAAACCUUACCAUCGUGAAUGGAUUCGAGUUCGAAAUCAACACAUUGAAAGCAUUGAAGUGUCGUUGGCUACACCAGAUGGUUCCCUGUUGGUCUUAUCCCCAGGCAAAACCAUCAUUACCCUUGGUUUUCAACAAGUAUAAAAGAGACCCUGUAUUAUGGAAACAUCACAACUACAACAAACAACAUGUUGGGAGGAUCACUGACGCGCUAUCAUACCCCCACUAUGCACGGGAGUGGUUUUAUGCAAGAAUUGGUAAAAUUAGCGGGACCAAGUGUAGUCAGCCUCCGAAGCCUUAAAAGGUUCAGGAGAAGUUUUAAAAAGAGGACUCAAACGUAAAAUACCAGCGGCUAUUGGUCUGGCUGUGAAAAGCAAAGCCAAACAAAGCUAUAAAAAGAAACGACAGCAUGUGAAAGACAUUUUAGGGGUGUAAACCAUGAGACAAGGACAGAAAUCACAAUCUCGCAUAAGACAUCAACGACCUGUAGGUCGUUACCAUUCACCUUAUCAACGGGAAGGCACUAUUUUUCGAGAUCCUCCCAACCCAUGGGGAUUCACUAAUUAUAAACGGUAUGAAAUAGAUCCAUGGAUUCUCAGAAGAAUAAGAAAACAAAAAGGAGGGAAAAUGCAUCCAGUUAUCUACCCUUGGAAAAACAAAGGACGGAAACGUAUAAAUAGACGACGCAAACGGCGUUAAGUUAUCAGUCCGUCAACAUGUCGCUGAAUCUGUUUGACAUUCCCGACAUUGACUAUAGCUAUGAAGCCAAACGGUGGAUUCCUUUCAAACCAGCCAAUACUGGAACACGACCUAUUCUUUUUACUGUACCAGCAGGGGAUGAUUAUAAUGAUUUAAAUGAAACCAAGCUAGAAAUCAAAGUGCGACUGAACACUGCAGGGACACAAGGUAUUUCUAGUGCAGAGGGCGCGCCUUCGGAUGCUAAUAAUACCAAAUUUGUCUAUUGCGUCAACAAUUUUGGUCAUUCUCUCUUUAAUCAAAUGAAUGUGUCUUUCAAUGGAGUGUUGAUGACAGAAAAAAGCAAUGCCUAUCACCAGAAAGCUUACCUAGAAACCCUACAGAAUUUUAAUCGUCAAGAAGGAGAGGCGACUUUGGCUGCUCAAGGAUGGGUGAAUGAGCUCAAUGUCAAGGAAGAAUUAACUCCUACCAAUGCGACCAAUGAUGAUGAACCUAACCCAGCAGCAUGGAGGGGAAAAACAGGCUUGAAAGCACUCACCAGUCGCUUACUCGGCAAAGCGUAUCAUACCUUUAUCAUCAAACCUCACAUCGCGGUGUUCAGAAAAGGCAAAUGUUUGGUACCUAAUGUACAGAUUGAUUUGGAAUUGUAUUUGAAUGACAGCAACAUGUUUCUGUUUGGCACCCCAGACACAACUACGACAGUCAACAAAAAGAUUCCAACACUGGGUGACAAUGAUUUGUUUGUCACACUCUGGAUGAAAAAAGUCACUCUCAAUGCCUCUGUGUAUUCCAGGCUACAAAAAGAAAGAAGUUUGAGUAAAACCAAAAAAGUCCGCUACCCUGUAGUUCGAAGUGAAAUCCGAACGUAUUCGUUCGAUGGAAACAGCACUCGUUGGUCUCAGGACAAUGUCUUCUUGAACAAGGUUCCCGUCAAAGUCAUUAUCGGACUCAUGAAUUCCACUAAUUACAAUGGAAGUCUGAAGUAUUACCCUUAUGCCUAUGAAAAGUUUGGCGUCACCAGAGUUCGACAACGAAUUGACGGAGAAGAAUACCCUUACAGAGCCUUGGAACUAACAGGCAAUUCCAAAGCCGAAGAUUUAGUAGGUUAUGAUCGCUUCCUCACAGCGUCAGGCGCUUACAAGCACCACAGGGUACCCAUGCUGCUCCCAAGCGACUGGGGACAAGGCAACAAUUGUACCUUGUUCAUGUUUAACAAUGCUCCUGGCGAUGCCGAUGAUCCUAGCUACAGAAAUCCUAAACUCACAGGGAAUGUCAGUUAUGAAAUUGACUUCAGAGCCAAUGUUGGUCACAAUGUGACCGUGGUCAUUUGGAGUGAGUAUGAAAAUGUCUAUGAAAUAGACCAGUGGGGAGGCAUUCUUUAUUCCAUUAACAGCUAG